UUACUCAUCAAGAGUUUGCAGAUCCAAAAGUUUGCCUCAGGAUGAUCAGAAUAGUCCAGCUCUUGUGUCUUGCUGGCCUUUUUCUACAGUGUGAAGGUCAGGGUCUCCAAACAUGCCUCAGUCACCCCACGUACAGACCAGCAGAAAACGCUGAUAUAACAGUGGUGUGUGGAACCAAUCAUAUGUUUUUAAAAGUUUUCAUUUGUCCAAUGUAUUUUGGGGGAUACAACGAAUCACUAAUGGCACUCAAUGCUAAGUUUAACAUCCCAACCUGCUAUGGAGUAGCGGACUGGACUGUCAAUCCUCCUGUCUUGCUGUUUAACUUCUCAAUCUCUCAGGAGGCGCUCACCCUCUGUGGCAACAAUAUGAACAUUACAAGUCAAGUGGGAUCAGGAGUUUUCUCGGACUUCUCCCAAAUCCAGUCCGUAAAUGUCUCCGGAUUAAUCAAUUCCUGGGAUCCCAGCACCAGCACUAUCACUUACAGGCAACAACUGAUGUACCAGUUUUCGUGUCUGUAUCCACUGCAGUAUUUAGUCAACAACACUGAGCUCAGCGUGUCAGGAGUGAGUCUAGCAGUAAAGGACAACAAUGGCACAUUCAUCAGUACUCUAAGCAUGGGUCUUUACAGUACUGCCGACUAUACUACCAAACUCCAGAUACCAGGAUCUGGGCUGCAGUUAAAGACUCGCAUAUAUGUGCAGGUCAAGGCAACAAAUCUUACAAACAAGUUCAAUGUGUUGCUGGACCGUUGCUAUGCCACAACAAGCCCAUAUCCAACCAGCAGCACCUCUUACGAUCUUUUUGUUGGGUGUAUUCGUGAUGCCCAGACAAAGAUUGAUUGGAAUGGGAUGUCUCAGGUAGCUCACUUCUCCUUUGAGGCCUUCCGCUUUGUGGAACACAAAAACCUGUCCAUCUCCACUUUCUACCUGCAUUGUGCUACCCGACUCUGUGAGAACUCCACUUGCGCCUCCUUGCUUCCGAGAUGCACUAGGAAAAGAGAAGUACGAUCUGCAGAGGCAGACAACACUUCACCUAAUGUCACUGUCUCCUCAGGACCAAUCAGUACCAGAGUUGACAGCGGUGCCCCUGUGACCAGUAGACUUACCUCAUCAGCAUCCAUCCCUCAGCUGACGUAUGUUGGUGUAGCCACUGGCUUGCUGAGCUUCUUUCUAUUUGACUGGAUGUCUACAUCAGGACUUGCACAGUGAUCUACAUCAGGAUUCGGGAAUUCCUUAUCACUUGACUGAACACAACGUUUCUUAGAAGAUAUCUCACCUGUUACAUAAAUGUGAGAAAGUUUAUUAUGUGUCAGUUAUUAGCACCUCUAUUUUCCAAUUUAAUGAGGUAAAUAGACUAUUGUCUUGUAAUUUUUACUUUCUUUUGUUCUGUGUUCUAUGAUUUUCUAUGAGAACAAGAAAAAAGAAACAUAUUCACUAUGUAGUUUACAUAUUUUUGCUCUUUCGAAAAGUCUAUAAUGCAUGUAAAACUGCUUUGGGGGAAAAUGUAUGCACUAUGAAUGUAAAAAUUUAACGUUUAAACGUUUAAAUAUUAGAACCUGUCUUUGUCCUCCAGGUUUUUCACUCAACCAGGUCAUCACUGUUAGGAUUUCAUUCAUUUGCAGCUUAAUGAUUAGUUAAAAUAUUUGUUCACAUAACAUCAAACACAGGUGCACAAAAGUCCUCAAAAGUGUGCAGUAUUUUAGUAUUUAACACUAUCACAAUAUAAGCAUGCAUUUAACUGACAGUGUACUAUAUCAGUUUCCCUUCACACUCGUUCUGUAGCCUAUUUCACUUUGCUACGGUUCCACUCCGGGUUUUCACUAUCACGGUACCAGCUCACUGGCAAAAGAAAUCCAGUACCGGAUUUAUUGUAAUGUAUUUUCAUUGUGUUCAUUAAACAACACAAUGAAAGUAUGUAUAAAAUAUAUUUUAAAUUAAAAAUACUAAAUCAAUAACCUACACAGAGAAAAUAUAAUGUUCACGAAACGCGUCACCAUUUAAGU